AUGUCGAGCACAACGCGCAACGCACCAACGUCGUCCGUCCUGCCGAUUUUCAUGUUCAACUGGAUCUUCGGCAUAGGCGUGAUCGAGUACCCACUGGGGAAACCGCGUCCGGUCAUAAGCUUCGUUUACACGUCGAUGUUACUUGCCACGUAUUGCGUCCUCGCUGGACUCACUUACUCGGAAUCCAACGGGUUCUCCCUCUACGACGCGUCCAGGAUAAUUCUGCCGAUCAGAAUAUUCUUCUUCGCGCACAUCCUGCUCACCAUCGUCACGCUUACUUUGGGCUGGUUCCGCAGUCAGUCGCUGCACAAGUGCCUGAUGAAAGCUGCACUGAUCGAUGACAUGAUGAACCAGAUCGGCAUUAAAAACGUCCGCGGGCAGAUAUUCAAGCGCCAGAUCGGAAGUAUAGUGGCCAACUCGGCGUUCACGUUUUUAAUAAUGGGCUUCAACGCGGCGUUUAUCGAGCUUAACGAUGUCCCGCUGUACCAUAGGCUUUUGAUGACCAUCACGAUAUCUUACCCCGUGUUCGUCAUGUUCAUCGCUGACCUGACGUUUAUGAACAUUGUCAAGAACGUAUCUUGUGCGCGUUAUAGACUUCAAAUGGUCAACGAAGUUCUAAAAAACAUGAUUACAACGACGAUGGAAUUUCCUCAGCAUAAGCGUCUUUUGAGCCUUCCAACUAAGGAGUCGAAAAAUCUAGAUGUUUACAUGGUUGACGGAAUGCCCAAAAAUCACGCCAUCGUCUUAAAAAUAUCCAAGAGGAUUCACUUACUGGUGGUCAAAAUUUGUCGUGACGCGGACAGUAUGUACGGCGUACAAAUGUUGUUGUCGAUCGUGGCGGCUUUUGCAGUAAUCACGGGUGACCUAUACAUUAUGUACGCUACGUUGGUCGAUAAGUACGCAUCGCGCAUAGAAAUUUUGGAAACGUGUUCAGUCGUUUCCAUUUGGUCGAUUAGAACAGGAGAUGUUAUUAACGAAUUGUACGAUGAUCCGACAAUUAACAGUGACAUUCAAAGUGAGAUUCGAGACUUUAACAUCCAGCUUAUACAAAACCCCCUGAAAUUUUCAGCUCUUGGAUUCAUCGAUCUUGAUUUCUCUUUGAUUCAAGGGAUGACUGCCUCCAUCACGACUUAUUUGAUGAUUCUGAUUCAACUCGGAAAACUUACCCCUUCAACAGUUUCCUUUUAUAAUAAUACAAGAAAGAGCCGAGUGAAUGAAAAAUUUUAG